AUGUCUGACGACGAAAGAACCCCUUUGCUCGCUGAGCGCCCGGCAGCUCACAUCGACAAGCAUGCCCCUCCAACUGAUGAGGAAGCACGGAUUAAAGAUUCUGCGGCGGCAUCAACCGCACCAGACGGUCCAAGGAUCCCUGGCGUGAAGUUGAGGUUCAUACUUCCUGCCAUGGCAAUCGGGAUUUUCCUGGCAGCCAUGGAUAACACUAUUGUUGUGAGUUCGUAUGGAGCUAUCGGAAGCGAUAUGAAGGAGUUGAAUAAGACUUCUUGGAUUGCCACCGCAUAUUUGCUUACGACGACGAGCUUUCAACCGUUGUAUGGAAAAUCGAGUGAUAUUUUCGGGCGGAAAUCUGCGCUAUUGUUUUCAUAUGCCGUUUUCGGAAUCGGAUGCUUGUGCUGUGGGCUUGCGAGGUCUAUGGGGGAGCUGAUCGCUGCAAGAGCGUUCGCAGGUGUCGGCGGAGGCGGUAUGACAACGGUGGUUUCCAUAUUACUGAAUGAUAUAGUGCCGUUAAGGUCUCGAGGGACUUUUCAAGGUAUUAUGAAUAUCGUUUUCGCAAGUGGGGCUGCGAUUGGUGCGCCGUUGGGCGGAAUUUUGGCGGACAGCGUUGGCUGGAGAUGGUCAUUCUUGGGUCAAUUCCCCAUCGCGAUGCUUGCUAUCUUUGUCGUCUCGGUCGCGCUGCAUCUCCCCCCCUCGGCCAGUCCUCAAAAAGCAAGUUUCAAAACUCAGGUGAGGCGCGUUGACUUCCUGGGAGCUGGUGUCCUCGUGCUCGCGGUAUUCACCCUCCUCUUUGGCCUGGACCGAGGUGGAAAUCUCUCGCUCAAGGAUACAUACGUUAUCGUCUCAUUAUGCACUUCCCUGGUGCUAUUCGCUCUAUUCGGUCUUGUGGAGGCCAAGAUCGCGGCGGAACCAUUCGCUCCUCUUCACCUUGUCCGGAGAAGAACCAUUCUGAGCGUCUGCCUGACAUACUUCUUCUCCUUCGCAGGAUACAUGGCGAUACUCUUCUACCUACCCCUCUAUUAUCAAGCCGUGUCCUCUCUCACUGCCGGCGGCGCCGGUCUUCGCCUAGUUCCCGCAAUUGUAGGCGGUGUAUCCGGCUCACUCUUUGGCGGACUCAUUAUGGAGAAGACGGGAAAGUACUACUACCUAACCGUACUUUCCUACACGCUCUUCUUCUCCGGCACUAUCCCGGUGUUCCUGGCGACGGGAAUACUAGGGAACUCAAUGCCAACUAUCACCGCCGGUAUCGCUUGCAUGGGGUUCGGAAAUGGUAUUGGUGUUACGAGCAUUCUUAUUGCAUUGAUUGCCGCGGCGGGACAUGAAGAACAGGCGGUUGCCACCGCUGUUAGUUAUCUAUUUAGGGCUCUCGGUCAGGUUACGGGCAUAAGCGUUAGCUCUAUGCUUGUGCAGGGAAGUCUGAGAGGGGAGCUGACCAGGGUUCUCGAUGGCGCUGAUGCUGAUGAGAUCGUCCAUAAAGUCCGCUCUUCCCUCAGCGCAAUCAACACCCUCACGCCAGCCACUAGAGAACUUGUUCUAGCGGCGUAUCAAAAUGCGUUGCAUUCGGCAUUCCUACUGGGCAUAGUACUAGCAUUUUUAUCCGUACUCUCAUCAAUGUUUAUUAGAGAGAAGUCUUUAGGAAGAUAGGGAGUUGAUGGACUUGCAUAUCACAUGUGGAGUUAGGUGGUCUUUUUUCUCUGUUGAAACGGUUACUUUCGGGGUAGUUUUUCAUUAUUUCCAUUAGGCCAUCUUAAUUCCUGUUUUUUGCAUCAGAAUACAGCGAUCGUCCUUAAAUUGUAAAUCUUGGCAAUCGGCACGUGGUAAGAGCGAGAUCACACCACGUCACUCGAGCAA